AUGCCGACCUAUUACGAAACUUCAGAGGAGCUACGCCCAGAGCUCGAGGCAAUCCGGGACUCGAUUGAUGAAGCGCUGCGAGCAUUUCAACCAUCUUUCUCUCGCGCCAAAACCGCCGAAACCCUACGAACAGAUGCAGCAAGAAUCAAAACGAGCCUCAAAGAACUGCAAAGUCUUUGGAACGGUCGAGAAAUGAACCAAUAUUGGAUUGCAAUAUGGACCUUGGUCAAGAAGAUCAUCACCAAAAAGAUAAUUCUAUCUGAGGAAAAUGCCGAAAGAGCUUUGAAUGAAAUCACGGCAAGUACACCCCUCCGACCCCUUUCCACACCUGAACUACCUGAUCUCUACUCACCACAACGUAAAUAUACUCAUCCUUACUCCAGACACAAGUUAGCAUAUGGCCUCAGUUCGAAGAUCAUGAAGAAGAUCUCAAACGCAUUGGUAGAUUCCUGGGAGAAUCCCGAGGAUUUAACACAUGUUGAGUUUUUCUACAUACUCACCUGGAUUUCCAAUACCAUUGGCAAGGAAAAGUCAGCAUGGUUUGCGAUCGAAGAUGUCGAAUGGUCCAACAUGGUCACUUGCAGCUACAUGGACAUCAGAGAAUAUAUUGCUCGACAACCUUUCAGUCUUCCUACUGCCAUUACCCCUAUGGAUCGGCUAGCCCUAUACUAUAUCGUUCCCGAGUCAAAAGAUAUCCUCCAACAAAUCAUCCCAAAACUAGUUGGUUUCAUGGACCAUGAUAUUUUCAAACAAGAAGAUGUGGCUCGCGAGAUCUACGAUUUGGGUUUUCUUCCGGCGCCUAUCUCCGCAAAGGACGUACCAGAAGCGGCCAGGCGCCGAGCCAAGAUGACUGAUCCGUAUUUGAAGAAGGUUGUAGGAUCAGCGAUGAUUCGGGGUUUGCUUCGAAGAUGGAUUGAAGCUGACCCCGAUCCGGUCAGUAUUCUUAAGCUGACCCAGGUCCGGGUGGAAGAUCUUUGCAGCACGCUAGAAGAUGAAGUUCUUUCAUUAAUGGACUAA